CUGCACGCGCGUCUCCAAAUGCCAAGCGCGUGCACUCAGUGAGAAUGGGUGAUUCACUGUACACUGCGCCCUGUCCGGCUCCUGACCGGGGGCCCCGGUAAUCGCAAAGCUCGCCUAAUCACUUUCUCUCGUACCUUUCUGAAGAAGCAGUAUGGAGUUACGUCAAAGCAGCGCGUAAAAGUGCAGGCCAAGCAAAUAAGCCGCUGAGGAGCUAUUUGUAGGCAUUGCUGCCAAACCCGGGUAAGGCUGCUCACUCUUCUGCGAUCAAUGCUUUAAACCUGCUAUAGCACUGGAAGCAGCAUGCAUUAUUUUUUUCGAUUUAUUCUGGAAUGAUUGUGUUUGGAGAACUUGACCUGGAUCCGUUGAUGACCGGCGGCCGGUGCGCGCAACAACGCAAUUAGAUCCAAUUCAAUAGCCUACUUCACGUUCACAGACAAUCCAAAGCUUGAAGGAGCGCGACAUGAUGACGAUUCUGCAUGUUUUAGCAGAGAGAUUGUUACUUUUUAUCAUCACUUUUGAUUAGAUCUUUUUAGUCGUCGUCUACUUUGUGAAAUCAUCAUGCCACACACUCGCAACAGGAACCCAAGUCCAAUCCCAGAGGUGACAUGGGACACGGGGUUGAAAGAGAUGAACGAGACCUGGAAGGGGGCUAUUGCUUGCUUGGGAGUUGCUGUCUUUUUUGUCAUGACAAUUGGGAUCAUUUAUUGGCAAGUUGUGGAUCAGCCCAACAAGAACUGGAUCCUGAAGGGGAGCUUUAGUGGGCUUAUUUGGGAGAGACGGACGCAAACUCUUGUCAUACAGACACUGACUGAGGACAAGACUUUUGCGGAGAUAGACGUGGAGAACGUGGGGAACACCGAUAUUGAGGUUCCGUUCGUGAGGAACAUGUGCUGGCUUAACAAAACCGAGUUCUGCUACACUUGGGAUUCGGUCGCAGAGGUGAAGAUAUCUUUGGAAUCAGAGGAGGACUCAGAUACCGAGUGUUACAGUGUAACCUGGACUCCAAUUCACUGUCAUGUGGACCUGAAGGACUGUUUCUCCAUGUUGAAUAUUUCGUGGUACGGAGGUGCCAGUGUUCAUGCACCCAACUGGCCAAUAAACGAUGCCAACAUUUCCAUGCAGCCCUUCACAGUCAGCGACCUUAGGGACAACCCUUCUGGCUUCGGAUCAGUUUUAGAACGCUACUUCCUGGGAUCCUCAGGUGUAUCAGUUCUAGUGGCCCCAAACAUCCCGCUUCAUGUAGGAAUGGAGAGCAGACAGCAGUUCUGUUUGCAGACGCCACCCAGUAUGGAGCGCAUGCCACUGCAGUACACCGUGUGUGUUGGACACAACAUUCGAGUCGUCCAUCAGGAGUCAAUGCAGCAGCUCUCCACAGCCAGACGAGAGCUGCCAAACAUGGAUGUCUUACGGCUGCCUUUCUGGAAGCUUCUAGCAAACGUGGACUCAGGGGCCAAGCUAGAGCGCGAGCUGAGAACCUUCUCAAACCGGCUGAAGCGGCAUCACCUGGGGGAGGGAGUCAUCAGCCUCGACGAACAUUCCACUGCUCUCCUCGCCAACAUGGACCACAGCUACCUCAAUAGCAAGAAAAGGACGUCUAAGAGACAGACGAGGGACCUCCCUUUUGUAAAGCUUCUAAACAUUUCCAUCACCCUGUCCCCGUACCUGAGCGUGGACUCGCAGCAGUUCCAGACCUCCAUUCAAGAAGGCAUUGAAGACUACUGGCUGAGUCUGCCCUCAGGACCACAGGGCCGACCGGUGCCUCUGUUGACUCAGUGGAAAGGAAAGUACAGCGUGAAGCUCAACAUCACCAAUACAGAAGCUACAAAUUGGUUUCUGGACAAAGUGGACAGCUUACAUAGCCAUUUGGGCAUGGAGUAUGUCAUCCUGGAAGGCGGUGAGGGAAACCCUUUCGAGGAACAGGCCCUGCGCCCCCCUCUGGCAUGGGUUGGGGAUGAAUACAUCAGACUCCUGGCUGACCUGGCAGAGAGGAUAGGGGAAAAUACCAUUGUGACCUCAGGAACAAGGUCUAGCCACAAAGCACUCUUCAUCCGUAUGAGUGCACUGCAGUCAGACUGGAGUUACUCUGGCCUGAAGGGCAUCAUUCCAUCCCUGCUGCAUCACAGUCUUCUGGGAUAUAAUUUCUUCAUUCCUGAUGCAGUAGGAGGCUCUCUCUCUGCCGAACUGGUUGCCGAUGACGAGCUCUUCAUUCGCUGGCUGGGAAUCGCAGCCUUUCUUCCUGUCAUUAACUUCCAGACACCUCCAUGGGUCUUUGAGAAGGAAUGGGUCCUAAACCUCACCAAAUUCUACAUAGCCAAGCACCACGACUUUGUCGUUCCUUUGAUACUGAAAUAUGCAGAGGAAUGGCAAGACACCGGAAACCCCAUCUACAGGUCGCUUUGGUGGCUCAGUCCAAAUGACCCGGCCACGUUUACCAUUGAUGAUGAGUUCCUCAUUGGAAAUGAGGUCCUUGUUGCGCCGGUUACUGAAAAAGGAGCUUUACAAAGAGACAUAUACCUCCCGGAGAGUGACUUUCAGUGGCAGGACACUAACAAUGCUCAAGUGUUUGAUGGAGGGACGUUCCUGGAAAGUUACCCGGUCGGCCUUGGGGACGUGGCGGUUUUUGUACGAUGGAGAUCCUGAGGCUUAUUUACCACUUUUUUCUAUUUUUGAAAUUUUCACUUGUGCUGAUCUCAAAUUGCACUUUCCAUAAAGACCAUUAUCUGUGUCUCAAGGAAUCUUGAGAUUAGGUAGAGGAUAAUUUGCACUUUAAAAAUCAAAGUGGUUUAUAUUUUCUCAUGAUUUUUAGAUCCCUCUUGUUUUCUCCACUACUUGUUUUGUUAAUUCAUACAAUUUUUUGGACUUUUUUCUUCAGAACGCAGUUUACAUUUGAUAGAUUCUUACAGCCUCUUAAAUUGUUAUCAUGAUAUUGAGCUAGAAAUCAAACCCUUUGCUUAAGAACAAUCAAUGGUAUUAUAUGAAGACCAAACAAUCGGAAAAAAAAAAAUCGAAAAAUUGAGAGACUCUACAAGGAAAAACCAAUGCGCUAAAUGGAUGAAGAUGAAAAUACGCUAAACAUCACUCAUCUCAGCGGGGUUUUUACUUGAACUUUGCUGAAUAUUUGCUGUAGUUUUGUAAUGUAUUACCUGUACCUCAAGUUAUCAUGGUGUUUUUGACGUAUAUUUUUCGACAUGAACUGUGAGAGAAGCACUUACUGAUAGAGAAAACUGAAAUUAAGGGCUUUUAGAGUGAAUAGCACAAUUAUUUUUGUCUACAAAACAAGAUCAAUCAUUAGUAGUAGAAUAUGAGCCAAUGACAACCAAAAUGUUCAUAGCUGUACAGUCUUAGUUGAAAUGCAACACACAGCAAAGGACAAACUGUUAUUUCAUAAUGGUUGUUUUUGAGAGAUUUUGAUAUUAUGCUGAUUUUAAUAAUUAUUUGUUUAGCUUCUUACAAAUGACCAGAUUAACCAAGAUGGUAUUUCUAGAUCUUAAGUAAUUCAUAGGACAUUAUUCAAGGUAGACUUAGAGUUUUGUAUUUAUAUCAGUUCAGACUAAACUUGAUCAUUCUUAACUUUGGAAAUACUUUGAUGACUGUAGCGGCAUUUAUACAUUUUGUCCCAUUAAAUGUAGUUGCUAAUUGUUAUUAAGCUGAAUUCUGCCAUUACAAAUGAUUUGGGAUAACGGAUGUAGAUUUUUCACAGCCCGAGGGCAACAGUUGUCCUGUAGAAUGGUGGUGUAAUGAGUCUGGGCAAAAUACAGAUGCAUUUUAUAAUAAUUUGCUAGUGGUGAUGUAUGGCAAGCUGUUUUAACUUUAAUCUAAAACAUGUUAAUGUCUAGUUUCAUGCUACUAGUGCUUCUUUUUUUCAGCUGCUAGUAUCUAUUCCAUUAGGUACUAAUACGUACUUUUUGGCUUCUAGUGCUUAUUCUUUAGGGACUAGUACCUUAUUAAAAGAUACUAGUACUUAUUCAUUAGAUUCUAGUAUCAAUUAAAAUAAGAGUUUAAGAGUAGUAAAAGUUCUAGUCAUGACAUAUGAGUAAAAAAGCAGUUGUGACUGGUAUAAGAUUUGUUACUAGUAACAGUUACAAAAGAUACUAGUGUCUAACAAAUAAGUACUAGUAUCUAAUGAAUACUUACUAGUAAAAUGUAAAACCUUACUAGUCUCUGUUGGAAUACAUACUACUCAGAACUGAAUAGUUGAUAUCUGAAUAGCAGAUUGGUACAAUUUUGAAAUGUGUUUCUAGUAACUGUAGAAUAGUGACUAGUUACUACUGAAAUACAUACUAGUAUCUAAUGAAUAAGAACUAGUAUCAUUAAAAAGUUACUACUACCUAAUAAGCACUAGUCAAUGGUAAAAAUUGUAAUUGCGUUACUAGUAACAGUAGAAUACAUGCUAGUUGCAAUUGAAAUAAGAACUACUAUCUAAUGAACAAGAACUAGUGUCUUUAAAAAGUUACUACCUAAAGAAUAAGUAUAGGGUCUAAUGAUAAAUAAGAACUAGUAUUUUUUUAAAGUUACUAGUACCUGAUGAAUAAGCACUAAUCAAUGGUAAAAAAUGUGAAAAGGGCGUUACUAGCAACAGUAAAAGUUACUAGUAAUGAUUAAAAUAAGUACUAGUAUCUAAUGAAUGAGAAAUAGUAUCUUUAAAAAGUUACUAGUACCUAAAGAAUAAGUAUGUGUAACUAAUGAAUAAGAACUAGUAUAUUUAAAUGAAUAAGCACUAGUCAAUGGUACAAAUUUGAAAUGCAUUACUAGUAACAGUAGAAUAGUUACUAGUUACGACUGAAAUAAGUACUAGUAUCUAAUAAAUAGUAUCUUUAAAAGGUUACUAGCACCUAAAGAAUAAGUACUAUUAACUAAUGAAUAUCACUAGUAGCUAAUGAAUAAGCACUAGUAACUAAAGAAUAAGCACUAGUAACUAAUAAAUAAGCUGUAGUUGCUUAUGAAUAAGCAUUAGUAGCUUAUGAAUAAUCACUAGUAGUUUAUGAAUAAGCACUAGUAACUAAAUAAGCACUAGUAGCUGAAAAAUAAGUACUAGUAACUGAAUAAAAAGCACUAGUAGCUAAUGAAUAAGCACUAGUAACUAAAGAAUAAGCACUAGUAACUAAUAAAUAAGCUGUAGUUGCUUAUGAAUUAGCACUAGUAACUAAAUAAGCACUAGUAGCUGAAAGAUAAAAAAUAUUAGGCUACUAGUAACUAAUGAAUAAGCUCUAGUUGCUAAUGAAUAAGCACCAGUAGCUUAUGAAUAAUCACUAGUAGUUUAUGAAUAAGCACUAGUAACUAAAUAAGCACUAGUAGCUGAAAAAUAAGUACUAGUAACUGAAGAAAAAACACUUGUAGCUAAUGAAUAAGUACUAAUACUUAAUGAAAUAGAUACUAGUAGCAUUAAAAUAGAUGUGUUUUAGGGGUUAAAUGUUAAGAUGGCUUGCCCUAGGUGCUGCUACUUUCACUCUCAUGCCUUGACAAGAUCCAAACUUGGAGCAUUGGUUCCCGUGCUAAAACACUAAAUCACAAUCACCGCCGUGUGAAUCUACAGUGCAGAGAGAGAAUGAGAACUUGAUCAGUAUCACCUGAUACGUGUGGCCUACUGGGAAUGUCCUCUUAAUCCUCACUGUGAUUUUGAAUGUUUACUGUAUCUGCAGGUUUCUCAGGUCAAAGAUAUCAAAUCCAAGAGAAAGAAAAUGUCUUACGCCCCAGCACACUGUUGAUGUCUUAAUCUCUUGAUGCUCUUUUCAUUUGAGCAUUUACAGAGAGGCUAAUUGUGAUGAUCUUAUGCAGAGUGGUGUUUCGGGAGCCUUUUUUGCUUGUAUUUUAUAUUAAAAUGCUGCGCUAUGAAAACGAUAUGCUGAAAUGUUCCCUGCUGAGCAAUCUUCGACUUUUUUUGUAGGAAUCAGGUGCCACAAGCCAAUCAGCAAUGUGCAUAUAUCAUAUAACUGUGUCAUUUUCUGUCUUCUGUCAAUCUGAAAAAUAGAGAUGUCAAUCUUCAAUAAAGUUUACAUUUUGUUACUGUA